AUGUCCCUUUACCAUGAAGCGGCGGACAUCUUGACGUCGUCACCAUCACAGGGUGGGAGUCUCAAGUCUCGGAUAUUCAAAAAUAGCAAGUUCCGAUCGCCACCGAACCAGCUGUACGCUUUGGUGCUGGAGACGAGCAAAUGGAGCCCUGUCCUCACGGAAGUCAUCCAAGGUGCCGACCUGCUCAAGCUCGAGCGCAAGCUUACGCCGGCUCUGUCGCUGCUGCUGGUGCACGACCUGCUCCUCGCCAAGGGCGGCAUCGCCCUGCCCAAGGCGCAUGGGCUGCGCGUGUGCAUUGAAAAGUACAAAGGUCGCCUGUCGUCGGAGCUCACGCGGGCGAGGCUGCGGCGCAAGUCUCCGUCGCUGCGCGCUCUGAAGCUCGAGAUGAACAAGGCAGCCGCCGGCGAGGAGGCCAACUACCCGCGAUGGGUGCGCAUCAACGGACUCAGGAGCAGCGUCGAGGAGCAGCUCGAGACGACCUUUGCCGGCUACUCACGAGCGUCGCGAAUCCAGGACGUCGUGACCAAGGCCGACAGGCAUCUCUACAUGGACCCGCACGUCCCCAACCUCGUCGCCGUCACGCGGGGGUUCGACCUGACGGCCACGGAAGCCUACACGUCGGGCAAGAUUAUUCUGCAGGACAAGGCCUCGUGCUUCCCGGCCUACCUGCUCGAUCCGGGCCCGGACGAUGGCGACGUGAUUGACGCGUGCGCCGCUCCGGGCAACAAGACGACGCACCUGGCGUCCAUCCUGCGAGGCCACGGUGCGGCAUCGGCAUCGCGGCCGCAGACAAUCUAUGCGUUUGAAAAAGACGGCAAGAGAGCCGAGACGCUGGACAAGAUGGUUACCCUUGCCGGCUCCAAGUCGAUGACGCAGAUCGGCGCGGGAGAAGACUUUCUGAACGCCGACCCGCACUCGGACAGGUUCAAGAAUGUGGGCGCCCUGCUCCUCGACCCAAGCUGCUCGGGAAGCGGCAUCGUGGGCAGGGACUCGAUGCCGGAGCUGCAUCUUCCGGCACCGAACCCGAAGGCUUCCCACCGUCACACGGUGACGGCCGCCGGCGCAGGUGCCGAAGACUCGGAGCUACGCGUCGUCCGGGACGACGACGGAAUCGAGACGGUCAUGAGCUCGGAUGCGGUGCUGGAGAAGCGACUCGUGACGUUGAGCGAAUUCCAGGUCAGCCUCUUGCUGCACGCGUUCGAGUUCCCCGCGGCGAGAAAAAUCACGUACUCGACGUGCUCGGUCCACGCGGUGGAGAAUGAGCAGGUUGUCAUGGCCGUGCUGCGGUCCGAGGUGGCCAUGAAAAGGGGAUGGCGCGUGUUGCGAAGAGAGAGGCAAGUAGACGGCAUGAAGAAUUGGCCAGUGCGAGGCCUCUUGGAUGCCUGCGGGGGGGACAAAGCCAUCGCAGACGGGUGCAUCCGAUCCUACAAGGACGACGGACUGGGCGUCAUGGGCUUCUUCGUCGCGCCCUUUGUCCGGGACGACGCCUUGGCAGUCGCGGCGGGAGAAGGGCGGAGAAGGGAAGAGAUGCCUAUGGAACUGAAUGGCGGAGGAGUGCAAGGAAUACAAGACGACGACGACGACGACGACGACGACGACCAUGAGGACGACGACGAGUGGAAGGGAUUCUCGGAUUAG